UACCAUAUUAAUAAUUUAAUAUGAUGCGCAACAAUCUUUACUUCUUUCUGUAGGGGGUACCUGCGGAAUCAGAGUCUUCCAAGAUGGUUGGAAGUAGAGAAUCAAAGAACAGAUACUUUGAUUUUGAAAAACUAGCAGAGGUUACAGCGACGAUCACUGCAAAUCUUAAUAAAAUCAUAGAUGUUAAUUACUAUCCCGUUGAAACUGCAAGGAGGUCAAAUUUAAGACACAGACCAAUUGGUAUUGGUGUUCAAGGUCUUGCUGAUACCUUCAUUUUGCUUGGCAUGCCAUUUGAUUCACCAGAGGCAAAGAGGCUAAACAAAGACAUAUUUGAAACCAUAUACUACCAUGCUCUGAGAUCUUCUUCUGAGCUGGCUGCUAAAGAUGGCCCUUAUGAAACAUAUUGUGGAAGCCCUGUAAGCAAGGGGAUUUUGCAGAUGGACAUGUGGGGUGUGACACCAUCAGAUAGGUGGGAUUGGGAUGUUCUUAGGGAAAUGAUCUCCAAAAGUGGUGUAAGAAAUUCCCUUCUCAUAGCACCUAUGCCCACUGCUUCAACAAGUCAGAUACUUGGCAACAAUGAAUGUUUUGAGCCUUAUACAUCCAAUAUCUAUAGCCGCAGAGUUUUAAGCGGUGAAUUUGUUGUGAUGAACAAACACCUUCUUCAUGAUUUAACGGAGAUGGGUCUCUGGUCACCUGUUCUUAAAAACAAGAUAAUAAAUGAAAAUGGCUCGGUUUCAAAAAUCCCUGAGAUUCCCGAUCAGCUAAAAGCUAUCUAUAAGACGGUGUGGGAAAUCAAGCAAAAGACACUGGUUGACAUGGCUGCUGAUCGUGGAUGCUACAUAGACCAAAGUCAGAGUCUGAAUAUUCACAUGGAGCAACCUGAUCUUGGGAAACUAACUUCCCUGCAUUUCCAUGCUUGGUCAAAGGGCCUGAAAACAGGUAUGUACUACCUGAGAACACGUGCUGCUGCAGAUGCUAUCAAAUUCACUGUUAACACAACUGUUCUCAACAAUGAAAAUGCUAACAAGGCAGAGGAUGAUGCUAGUUCUGACAUGAAGCAGGCAGCAUGCUCAUUGCAGAACCGGGAAGAGUGCAUGGCUUGUGGAAGUUAACCUCCGUGUUCCCUCUCAUUUGAACAAUAGAGUUCUUCAACGACAAGCAAGAGCAACGAAGCUCAUUUCUUUGCAUCGCUAACCUGCAAGUUGGAAUGAAUAGCUAUGUAACAGUCUACAAGUGAUGUGCAGAGUGUAGAUCAAACCCAUCAUGAAACUGACUCUUUGAUUGGAUGUGUAAUGUUAUGGCCCCAGCUUUUUACUGGCCCUUGCAAUCAAAUUCUUAUCAGACCUGAGUCUUCUGUUAGGGCUCAGAACUGGAUACAGCUAUGUGUAAAAAGGCGUGUUCUUGUUUGAUCGCAUUUCAGUAAAGCAGGCCUCGCUCUCUCAUG